AUGGCAGCAAGGCCCAAAGCUAACCUUCAUGCUCUCCCGGGUAGGUCAUUCACUGCCUCCCUCAUAUGACCUCAAAGUUCGCCCGCUAACAUGUGGUUUCCAGAACUGAAAAACACAUCCGAUGAUUCCAUAGCUCCCGUUUGUUCCAUCCUUUUCACCCGCUAUCUCGCAUAACGGCAAGGGGAAAGUCCUAAUAACUGACCCGCUUUCCAGUAUCUAAAAUCAAAAGGCUGGAAACAAAGCCACACUCUCAUGGAUGUGCGCCUUAUCCUGGGCUUCACUGCCGUCACAAUCGCCGGAAGCACCUUCUAUUAUGAUUAUACUCUAGGCUUCGAUAAGACAAAAGUUAUGACUUUAUAUGCUGUGGCUGCUUAUUUUGUCAUCAACACAUUUCUCACAUGGUGGAUAUGGGGCAUGGAAGGCGGUAAGAUUUAUGUGGGUUCAAAAGACGGCGUCACUGUGAGUAGAUUCUUACAAAGCACAAGUGCCCAAUGAAUAAGCAUUAACAACUCGGGGUGUCAAGAUCACUAUAUCAUCGCGCGCCGAGAAGCAUUCGCCAAUCUACCAUCUCAAAAUUGUUUCUCAAUCGCCGGGGCAGAGGCCUACUACGACCGAAGUGGAGGGUCCCUUCACCAGCUGGUUUGAUACACAGGGGUUCCUUGUUGAGAAGCCAUUCAUGACUUUCAUCUCCAAUUCCAUCCCCUCGAUGGCAGCGACAACACCCGAAGGCCAGCACCUAAAAUCUAAGGCGAAACCGAAAAGCACAAAGAAGGCUUGAGUGGAUUGAAUUGGCUAGGGGGAAACUGAAAACGAAAACUAGUCUCUGGUUCUAUCGCUACUAUGAAUCUAAUAAUCAUAGAGUCGAUAAACGGUGUCUUGUAUUAUUAGGUGCUUGAGUUUUUUUUUUUUUACGGGAAAAUGCACUCUCUUAAGGACUUGCUACGCUGUUUCAUGUAAUGCUCUGUAGACUGUUUAAAUACUCUCGGUCCAGCUCUA